UCUAUUGGGUCAAUCAGACCUCGGAGAGCUUCUCUAUUGUGGAUUAUAUGAUACAGGAUGUUAUUAUUGAUACAAAAGUUAAGGGGUAUAUGCUUGACCAGAAGAUCAGCAAAACCCUUCCAGGAAGCUGAGCUAAUUCAUGCAUUGAGACUUGUCUUGAGCUUAGUAAGUACCAGAUUUCAGCAUAUGAUUUUGAGUCUCAGCCUGUGGAUAAGGAAGAUGAAGAGCCUAGUGAACCUAUAGGAAGUACUCUUGACCUCUGGUCUAAAGAGACUGUGGAUGUUGUCAAAGGCCCAGUAGUGAUUAAGAAGACAAUAGUUACUAAGAAAGAUAGUUUGAAAUCAAACCUUAAGCCUUUUUCAGAUGGCUCUUCGAGAUCUCUCAAGAGCAAGUCUUCAAAAAGAUUAAAGAGGAAGGAAAAUACAAUUCCUGAUUCUUCAAUAUACAAGCAGCACCCUCUCAAAACCAAUAUUGACGAAGAAAUAGAAGAUGAUGACAACAAAUGGAGGAAAUAUCUGAUCAAAUAAGGCCAAAAUUGAGGAUAACUUCAGGCGAGCCAUGGAGAAUGAUCAUCCUCAAAUCCGUAGAGGAGCCAAGCACAAGACAAAGAUUCUCACUAACCUAGCUAUUGACUCUAAAGGACGAGUCAUGAAAAAGAAGAAAGUUGAUGUGGAAAAACUUCCUGUUGAAGACACUGAGCAUGCUUUGAUCAAAGUUCAUCAUGCGAAAAGGUUACGUACAAGCCAUAUUGAUCGUGAGGAGUAUCUCAAACGCCUUAAUGAUCCUAAUCGAAAAUAACCUGAUAAAAAUAAACGAAUCAAUGGAAACAGCUGAGAGAGAAUUCGCUGAGGUCCAAAAUAAACUUCACAAAGAAAAAAUUAGAAUGGAGAAAGCUAAACAAAAUGGCAAAGACUAUAGGAACAUCAAUGAACUGGACUCGUCUGGUGACGAAGUAAAGGAAGACCUUUAUAACGUCGAGGAUAUCUACAGCAGAGAUUUAAUGAGCCAGCAGCAGCGAAGAUUUGGCUCACCUGUAUUUGCUGUUCGGAACAACAGCAUGAUGUAUGAGCUUCCCACCAACAAUCUUGAACAAGUCAAGCCAGGAGUCGAGCUCAAGGAGUGAGAAAAUCCUCUUAAAGGGGAUAAAUAUGAACAAAACCCUUACCAUGAAAUUGAAGUAGACGUGACCGAAACAGAUGACCAAUAUGACUGUGACUAUGAAAACCUUGAAAGCUCAAAUAACUUAGAAAUCAGCCCUAUUGAAGAAGAUAGUGAAGAGCGAGAAGACGAAAUAGAAUCAAAAGAGCUUGAAACCAUAGAAUCAGAAACCCUUGAGGGUAAAACUGCAUGCAAGAGAAACACUAACAUUUUUAAAGCCAAGGUUGGAGGUAAAAUGAAAGCUCUUCUUAAAAAUCCAGCAAAGUUCCAGAGCAGGCUCUCCAUCAGAGUCCCAAACUUUGAAAAAGUCUUUGAUGCUUCAGAUUUGCUUGAAACAAAAGAGCCAAUGACAGCCAGAAACAAAGCUAAGCUAAUGCGUUCUGAAACUUUAAUCCAAGAAGAACCUAAUGAAUCCAGCAAGGCGCAAACACCUUAUUUCAAGAAAGAUGCUAUGAGUGUCGUUGGAAAUAAGAGGCCGAAUAGUAUCACCCAAAGUAAAUUCGUCAAAAGGUCUAGCACAACAAACUUUAAAAAUGGCACCAGGCCGAUUCAGGUACCGAAAAAUCAGGGCAAAGUUCCUCAGACUAAAAGACUUAGUAAAAUAAAAAUGAAAAAUGAAAAAUAAAAAGCCUGUGAAGCAGUCUUCAAAGUUUACACCUGAAGUGGCCCAAAUUCUUGAAAUGAUGGAUCAAAAACAAAAAGUUCCUAAAUAAACGAAUUGUAACUCGCUAUCAGCUCUCCAGAGGUCAGUAUUUGAAACGUUUAGAAGAAGAAAAUAAUUCGAAGGCUAAGAAUUUCCCAUUUAGUAAAGACCUCUCUGAGAAAUCUGAGGUGGAAAAACCAGAGCCUAGACCAGAUUCAACAGUAGAGGGAGUGUCUGAACCUGAGAAUCCAGGACUCCCUAAAGUACAAUCAGAGUCACAGCUUCCUUUGGGUCCUUUUUCUCCUCCAAAAUCUCAAAGGUCUCGGAAGCCUUUCUCUAGAAAUACGAAAUCUAGCUUAAACAUGACUAAAACUGCGCUGAAUCUACUGCUUGAUACCUUUAAAUCCCCUUCGAACCUACUUCAGAGCAAUGUGAAGGCCUCUAAUAUGCAAAGCUAUCUAUUUAACACGCAGAAUUUUGAGGAUAAAUCACGUAUUGUAAACAACACUGAUGCUUUGUUACCUCACGCUGAAAACUCUCCUGACAAUACACAACCCCACCUUGCAACUCCUCAGAGUCCAGGAUCUCCUCUGGCUUAUGGAAAUCUUUCUGUCACUAGUUACAUUCCUCAAAAUCCAAAUUCUAGUAGAAGAGUCCUUCCCAAAAUCAAGACAUGGAGGCAAGUAAUAGAUAACACCAGCGUGUUCAUUACUAAAUAA